AUGUUUUUCAAAAACACUUUAGCAGCAUUAACUGCUGCCAGUGCUUUAUUUAGUACUGUAAAGGCUGAUGAUCUACCACCUAUUGAAAUUGUUGGUAACAAGUUUUUUUUCUCUAACAAUGGUUCUCAGUUUUACAUGAGAGGUAUUGCCUACCAAGCUGAUACUGCAAAUGCUACUUCAGGUGCCACUAUUAAUGAUCCUUUAGCAGACUUUUCAUCAUGUUCAAGAGAUAUUCCAUAUUUGCAACAGCUUGCCACAAAUGUUAUUCGUGUCUACGCUGUCAAUACAUCUUUAGACCAUGAUGAGUGUAUGAAGGCCUUAAAUGAUGCUGGUAUCUAUGUCAUUGCUGACCUUUCUGCACCAAAGACAUCAGUUAACAGAGACAGUCCAUCAUGGGAUCUUGAACUAUAUGAACGUUACACUUCUGUUGUCGAUAUGUUUGCCAACUACUCAAAUGUUUUGGGUUUCUUUGCAGGUAACGAGGUUACUAAUAACUCUACCAACACAGAUGCUUCUGCAUUUGUUAAGGCAGCUGUUAGAGACACCAAGCAAUAUAUUAAAUCGAAAGGUUACAGAAAGAUCCCUGUUGGUUAUUCUUCUAACGAUGAUGCUGAUACUAGAGUUUCAAUUGCUGACUACUUUGCAUGUGGUGACGAAGACCAAAGGGCUGAUUUUUACGGUAUUAAUAUGUAUGAAUGGUGUGGUAACUCCAACUUACAAAAAUCUGGUUAUGCUGACAGAACUAAGGAAUUUUCAAAUCUGUCAAUUCCACUUUUCUUCUCUGAAUAUGGUUGUAAUGAAGUCACUCCAAGACUUUUCACUGAAGUUCAAGCUCUAUUUGGAGAUCAAAUGACUGAUGUGUGGUCCGGUGGUAUUGUAUACCUUUACUUUGAAGAAGAGAACCAUUACGGUUUGGUCAGUAUUGAUGGCAAUGAUGUGAAGACAUUGGAUGACUUCAACAACUACUCUAAACAAAUUCAUAGCAUAAGUCCAUCUUCCGCUAACACUGCAUCUUACUCAGCCUCUUCUACUUCAUUGUCCUGCCCAACUUCUAACAGCUACUGGAAGGCUUCUAGUAAUCUUCCUCCAACACCAGAUAAGGAUUUGUGUCUAUGUAUGGAUGAUGCUAACAGCUGCAUUGUUGCUGACAAGGUUGAUGAAGAUGACUAUAAGGACCUAUACGGUUAUGUUUGUGGUGAAAUUGACUGUAGUGGUAUUACCGGUAAUGGUACGACUGGUAAGUAUGGUUCUUACUCCUUCUGUUCUCCUAAGGAAAAGCUGAACUUCGUCUUGAAUUUGUACUAUCAAUCUAAGGGUGGUUCAAAGUCUGACUGUGACUUCAGCGGUUCUGCUUCUGUCAGAUCCGCCACUACCCAUGCUGGUUGUGCUUCCGCCUUGAAGGAAAUUGGUAGUGUCGGUACGAACUCUGCUACUGACUCUGCCACAUACUCAGGAUCUGGUACUGGAUCCAUGUCUACUUCAAAGGCUUCUGCCAGUGGCUCAUCCAAGGGCUCCUCCUCUGCCAAGUCUGGUUCUGCAAGUGGUUCUUCGUCUUCCUCUUCUCGUUCUGCCACUUCCUCUUCCAAAAGCAACAAGAAGAAUGCCGGUGUCAACUUGAAGACUGACUUAUUCCAAGUUAUUGCUACAUCUGUCAUUUCAAUUUCCAUGCUUGCUGGUCUUGGAUUUGUUCUUGCUUAA